AUGCAACGCAUGCAGCCAUGGGCUGAAGCUUUGAGGGACCAGAACUUCCAGUUUCUUGGAAAGGCCCAAAGCUUUGACAAAUGGAUAUCCAGCCCCCCGUCGCCGCUGCGGGUGGAAGUUGUGAAGAAGGAGAUAUUUCAGUAUCUGCAUCCCAGUGCUCUGUGGCACCCUCAGCUGGAGAUCUGCAGGCUCUUAGAAGCACCUGUGUGUUCCUCCCGUGCUACUGCACAGGCCGGCAAGAGUGAGCACAGGCCAGCGAGAACGGCCACCAGGAUACGGGGACAGCCAAGCUGGAGUCCUGAUUCCCAGCAUCCUCGAUGCUUUCUAUCCCGGCUCUCCUGCAUCUCUCCGCAUCCAGGGACUGCAGCUGGGAUCCUGCUGGCACACCCAGGGCAGCGCGUUACCCGGCCCAGGGGAUGCGACGGUACCAACUGUGACUGUCUGGGCUGCGGGACCUCCUGGGCUUGGCCUGAAAUCUUGCGGGUUUCCUGCUCUGACGUGGGUGCCGUAACCGGUGCGAAUGAAGAGCUCUGCUUCGGGCCCUGGCUGCACUCGGAGGAUCUGCUCUCAGCAAGCACCUGCCCACCGGGGCCCCACCAAGGGAAGCAGCCGGAGAAUGAAGGGGGAUGCUUCAGCCUGGCAGUGAGAAAUACGGAGCUUCCUGGCUUCCUGGCUCACCUUGUCCCUGAGCAUCCUUGUCCUAAGUGUCCUGGGCUGCAUCAAAAGAAGCGUGGCCAGCAGGUCGAGGGAGGUGAUUCUGCCCCUCUGCUCUGCUCUGCUGAGACCCCACCUGCAGUACUGUGUCCAGCUCUGGAGCCCUCAGCACAAGGAGGACACGGACCUGUUGGAGUGGGGCCAGAGGAGGCCACGGAGAUGAUCCAAGGGCUGGAGCCCCUCUGCUGUGAGGACAGGCUGAGAGAGCUGGGGGGGUUCAGCCUGGAGAGGAGAAGGCUCCGGGGAGACCUUCCAGCCCCUUCCAGUCCCUAAAGGGGCUCCAGGAAAGCUGGGGAGGGACUCUGGAUCAGGGAGUGUAAUGAUAGGAUGAGGGGUAACGGUUUCAAACUGAAGGAGGGGAGAUUUACAUGAGAUACUAGGAAGAAAUUGUUUGCUGUGAGGGUGGUGAGCCCCUGGCCCAGGUUGCCCAGAGAAGCUGUGGCUGCCCCAUCCCUGGAGGGGUUCAAGGCCAGGUUGGACGGGGCUUGGAGCAACCUGGGCUGGUGGGAAGUGUCCCUGCCCAGGGCAGGGGGUGGGACUGGAUGAUCUUUAAGGUCCCUUCCAACCCAAACCAUUCUGUGAUUCUAAGAGGGACGCUCGGAGUAACCGUGCUCCUUCGCUUGCCUUUUGGUACUGUCCUUUGAAAAAAACCAACUGCCUUCUCCUUUAUUAAACCUCCACAUGGAAAGGAGAGCUGAGAUCCUGGGGGGCUUGUGUGGCACCUCCACCGCAAAGCCUACAAGGCUGAGUAAAUCCACCCAAAGAACUGCCCGCACAGGGGUAAAUACAUCAGAAAAAGCUGGUGAAACCCAUUUUUCUCUUCACAGCUUUGACAAGCAGAUGGCGGGGUGGGGCUAGGAGAGAACUAACCAACAGAAAAUAGUACGA